AGCUUCUACUGACCCGAAUAUUUUCUUCAAAGCUUAUUUACGACGUUUCUCAUUGUCUAUGCUAUAGAUACGCAUCCCGAGCGAUACAUACGGUUCAAGCUUUUAGUGACAAAUGUUUAGUAAAAAUGAAGGAAAACGCGGUACUUAAGUGGCAAAAAGUCUACAAUCCCACCGGCCCGCAGCCCCGACCCCGGCAUGGCCAUCGCGCGGUCGCCAUAAAAGAUUUGAUGAUAGUUUUCGGCGGCGGAAACGAAGGAAUAGUUCAUGAGCUUCACGUCUUCAACACUACCACAAAUCAAUGGUUCGUACCUGUCACCAAGGGAGAAGUGCCCCCAGGAUGUGCUGCCUACGGCUUCGUGGUGGACGGUACGCGGUUGCUGGUGUUCGGCGGCAUGGUGGAGUACGGCAAGUAUUCGAACGACCUUUACGAACUGCAGGCCUCGCGCUGGGAGUGGAAGCGCCUCAAGCCGCUGCCACCCAAGCAAGGCCUACCACCGUGCCCGCGCCUCGGACACAGCUUUACAUUACUCAAUGGGAAAGUGUAUCUCUUCGGCGGGCUUGCCAAUGAGAGCGACGACCCGAAGAACAACAUACCGAGGUAUCUCAACGACUUGUACACGCUUGAACUGUAUCCUAACUCAUCUAUGACUGUAUGGGACAUCCCAUUAACCUAUGGGCAGUCGCCCCCACCCAGGGAGUCCCACAGCGGCGUCGCCUACACAGAUAAAAAUACUGGUAAAUCGUCACUCAUCAUUUAUGGAGGUAUGAGCGGCUCUCGCCUCGGCGACUUGUGGGUUCUAGAUGUAGAUACUAUGUCCUGGUCCCGUCCUGAAGUUGGUGGUCCGGCCCCUCUCCCACGAUCCCUACAUACAGCCACUGUCAUUGGACACCACAUGUAUGUCUACGGAGGGUGGGUUCCCCUUGUUCCUGAUGAAUCUAAACUUGCAACCCACGAAAAGGAGUGGAAAUGUACCAACACAUUGGCAUCACUGAAUCUAGAAACUAUGACUUGGGACAACAUUGCUUUAGAUAAAUUUGAAGAGUGCAUUCCACGCGCCAGAGCAGGCCACAGUGCAGUUGCCAUUCAAACUAGACUGUACAUUUGGUCAGGACGAGAUGGUUAUAGAAAAACUUGGAAUAACCAAAUUUGCUGCAAAGACCUGUGGUAUCUAGAAGUUGGUGUACCUCCUCAAGCUGGAAGAGUAGCCCUUGUUCGUGCUGGUACCACAUCCUUAGAACUGUGUUGGCCUGCGAUGAACACCGUUACUACAUAUGUUUUACAAGUACAGAAAUGUGGCAAGGUGACACCGGCGCGUUUCCCCGCCGCGGCCGAACCGGUGGCCGCGCCGCCACCCGCAUCGCCCAUAGCAUCACAACCAGACGCCGCCAAAGCUUUUGGUUUAACAUCACCUAUUUCCAGCGGACUGCCACCCCCACCCACGGCUGAACCGUUGUCCAUGCCAGUGCGACCCACAGCAGCGGCGGCCUCAUCAACUGCGGCAAUCGUCACCACACCACAGAAAAUUGGCCCCAUCAAAGUCCCAGCUCAAGCUGCUACUGUUAAAAUUUCACCUAACACACCUACAAUAAAACAGACUACUUAUCAGGGCAAAACGGUGGUCAAGUCACCAGCAACAGUUGCAACGCCAGGUUCGUCGCAGCAGAUCAAAGUUGCUGCUGUUACUCCACAGGGCAUGACCAGAAUUGUGAGCGGCGUGACCACCCCCGGCACCGUGCGCGUUUCGACCGCGCAGUCGAACGCACAAAUCGUGAUUGGCUCAGCGACAGUCGGCGCUGGUACUCCGCGCUUCGUCCAAGUCAAGACCGGCGCCAGUGGCGGCGUACCAGUGAAGCUCGGCGCCGGCACCCCAGUCAAACUCGCCGGGAAUGCCGUUCCUCUUAAAAUUGGCGCGGCAAACAUUCAGGGUAAAAUUACUACAAAUACCGUUCAGAAGGUCGGCCAAGUUGCAACAACCAAUGUGCCUCUAAAACUCGGUGCCGGUAACGUCAAGAUUGGCACGAGUAACGUGCUCGUGAAGACCGCGGGCGGUGUUCCUAUUCAAGCAGUAGCGGCGCCUGGUAGCAUUCAAGGCAAAGUCGCGACGGGCGUCCCAGUAAAGUUGGGCGCUGGUAACCUACCAGUCAUAGCAAGCAGCGGCGGUGCCAUACAAAUAGCAGGCAGCGCGCUAGGAGGACAACCCGUAAAAGCACCUGUAUACAAAAUUGUUACGGCAAAAUCUGGGGAGCAGACAGCGACCGUAGCAACGACAGCUACGUCCGCGACCGGCGCCACGGUGCUGCGGCAGGCUGGUGGCAAUGCCGGCAUACCCGUUAUCAUCAAGAAGACGCCCGGCGCAAGUGCACAGGCAAGCAACACGCCACAGUAUGUGACGCUCGUCAAAACAUCGACUGGGAUGACCGUAGCGACGAUGCCAAAGGUAGCAAUGAUGCAGAAUCGGCCCGCAGUACCGGUUAGCGUAGCACAAGCGCAGGGCAUUGCGUCCGGCGCCACCAUUGUGAAGCUCGUUUCGGCGAACACAAUGGGCGGUAACAAGAUCAUCACGCUGCCCUCGAACAUGCUACAACUUGGCAAAUCUGGCGUCGGCGGCAAGCAGACGAUCGUCAUCACCAAGUCGGCCAACCAAGCGGCGCAGUCGAGUCAGCCGCAGUGAGCGCGAACUGUCAGUGUCUCCGAGUGUCCUUAGCUUAGUGGGUGCCUCGGGCUACGGCUGCGGCCGGCCUGUCCACUCAGCUCUGAAUGUAAUGUACGAAACAAGUGGUGAUGUCUCUAGAAUGUAUAUUGUAUUGUGAAAUGCUAUAUUGAGUGGGUCGGACAUAGUAUAUCUAUUUUAAAAUCAUAUGGAAUAUAGUUUAUGACUUUUUGUAUGUUAUAUGGGUCUGUGUAGAAAGUGUCCUCAUAGAGUUAUACUAAAAUAUUUUAUUUACUCCCAUAGAUGUAAUGUUACAUUAUUGAUUUACACCCUGACUUCUGAAAGUGAUCUGUGUAAUUGUUAUGAAGAGUAAAUUGUUACAUGGUUGUUGUAACAUUUGUGACUUGCACCGUCAGCAAUACAGACUUGCUGUACUUUUUAUUAAUUUACAUUUAAACAAAUUAAAUUACAAGUUACGACUUUGUAAACUGGAAUUCCAACUGUAAGUUUUGAAACGUGUAUUCCUUGACAUUCAAUGAAAAUGCCAUCAAUUGUUUUAGUAUAACGUGCUAAGUUAAAUUUUGUUUUUGUACUGUUUACCUGUAACAAUUUAGAUUAUUUUUGCAUUAAGCAAUACUGAUCAUAAUAAGUAAGAUAUUAUUUGCUUGGAUUUGCUGACUGAAGAUAAAGAAGAAGAAGCACUAAAUUGUGGCUGCAAUAUGCUUAUUAUAUUACUUUCCAUAACCGUUGUUGUCUUUGGAAUUAUUUCAGCAAUUCUGCCUUCCUUAUUACGUCAUCUCUGAUGUAAUUUCACAUUUUCUUAAUACUUUCAAAUUUAAACCUGUCAAGACGAAGGCAGAUGACAGUGUGUUAGAUUAUAAUAAUAUUAAUUUAUGCCGUAAUAAUAUUAUAUGUAUGCUCUGACUUUGGUUGCUGCAACUUCAUCAAAACCCACCAAGUGGUGUUGCUGCAACGAAAAACGUUGCAUACACACUUGUUCCUUAGUUAUUAGUUAAGCCACAACACUCCUGUUAAGCACUAUUUAUGUGUUUGUAUGUCGAGCCAAUGUUGUUUUUCUUGUUUGGCAUUUGUUUAAAAAGUCCAUAUGUAAUUAUAACUAGGUAUGAGACUAGUGACCCUAAAUAGUUUACUUGAGGCUUUUCAACACAAACGUCCAAAGGUCAUGUAUAUUCAAAAUUCACUGUUGUCUAUUUUACACAAAAUAUUUGUGCCUAACAAGUUUUUCAAUUACAUAAUAUAAUAUUUAAUUCCAAUGCAUGACGUGAAGGGCACUUCCGUUUAUUAUAUGACAAUUUUAUUGAUAAGUUAUUUAUCAAUAAUUGUUUUUUAAGAAGUAAUUGACAUAAAAAUGCAGAAUAUUAUUUUACGUGCCCCAUGGCGAUAUUAGCGUUGAUGUGAAUUGACUUAUUUGAUAGGAGAACUAUUAAAUACGAAGCUGUUUCUCGACUUUAGAAUAUGUCUGUAACAUAAUUAAAAUAAGCUACUGUAUCACCCCAUGAUUUAAUGUUACAGUUUGUCAAAUAAGUCUCUCCUGGUUUUCGCUACUUCGAUAGGGCACUCCAAAAAAGCAAGUUAAAUUAUUUUGGAUUAAAUUUAUUGUUUUAAAUUUGAAUACGAAAGGCGAGUGGUAUUCUGCAUUUCUAUACUUAGCAAUAAGCGUGAUAGUUGUAUGUACGUAGGAUAAUCAUUAUAAGGU